AUGGAUGUUAGAAUCUUGUUUUUAAUGUUGAUAUUGCCUUGGGCAGCUUCACAAUCCUUCAACUUCACCAGCUUUGAUACUAGCAAUGACAAUAUAAGAUACAAAGGUGACGCUCGUCCAAUAAAUUCAACGAUCCAACUAACCAAUCUCGAGGUUUGGAGGAGUGGCCAUGCCAUAUAUGCCGAGCCAAUGCAUCUUUGGGACAAAUACACUGGGAAACUUGCCGGUUUCACCACCCAUUUCACCUUUUCCAUCCAAGCUCAAACCAAUAUAACCCCAGCUGACGGGCUUGCCUUUUUCGUCGCUUCCCUUGAAUACCAUGUUCCUGAUGCACCCGACGGAAGCGGGAUCGGUCUUGCAACAGGGACUCUCUUAUUCAACUCCACUGAAAACCCCUUCGUUGCCGUGGAAUUCGAUACUUAUCAUAAUGAUUGGGACCCCGAAAAUAAUCACGUUGGCAUCGAUAUCAACUCUGUAGUUUCGAAUAAGACCAUCGAAUGGUACAGCGGUGGUCUGGAUGGGGAAAUAAUUGAUGUUUGGAUCAGUUACAAUGCGAGUUCGAAAAUUUUGCAGGUUUCCUUUACAGGGUUUGGAGAAGAUAAUACCACCAUCCAACAAAGCCUGCAGUAUGAACUUGAUCUGAGGGAUUACUUGUCAGAAUGGGUAACUUUCGGCUUUGCAUCUGCGACGGGGAUUUACUACGAGUUGAACACCAUUCAUUCAUGGUAUUUCAGUUCACAUUUGCAGAUUCCUGGGAAUCAAAAAGGUAAUAUUAAAUUCAAUACCAUAAUGAAGGUGGGAUUUGUUGUUAUUGGUUCCUUCAUAUUGCUUUUUGGGAUAUGCUUGAUCUUUCUUUUUCUGAAGAAGAAGAAGAGGAGAGAAAAAAAUGAAGUAUAUGAAAUUAGGUCCAUGGACAAGGAGUUCGAAAGGGUUAGAGGAGCCAAUAAAAGAACAUUUGCUGAACUGAUUGAAGCGACUAAUAACUUCGCAGAGCGACGGAAAAUAGGAGAGGGAGGAUUCGGUGCAGUUUAUAGAGGAUUUUUGAAGGAUUCGGACUCUGAGGUAGCAAUUAAGAGGAUAUCAACGAUAUCUAGCCAAGGCAUAAAGGAGUAUGCUUCUGAGGUAAGGAUCACUAGCCAAUUGAGGCAUAAGAACUUGGUGCAACUAAUUGGUUGGUGUCAUGAAAAGAAGGAAUUACUCCUUGUUUAUGAGUUCAUGUUGAAUGGCAGCUUAGAUUCCCAUCUUUUCGACGGAGAAAGGCCGUUAGAAUGGAGAGUAAGGUAUGAUAUUGCCCAAGGACUAGCCUCUUCGUUGCAUUACUUGCAUUUCGAAUGCAAAUCAUGUGUGUUACAUAGGGAUAUAAAGGCAAGCAAUGUAUUGUUGGAUUCAAAUUUCAAUGCUAAACUUGGAGAUUUCGGGUUGGCUAGGAUUGUGUCCCAUGAGAAAGCACCGCAAAGCACGAAAUUCGGGGGGACGUUAGGGUAUAUGGCUCCAGAGUAUGUUUCAUCGGGCACGGCUAGCCAAGAAACAGAUGUUUACAGUUUUGGGAUCGUUGCUCUGGAGAUUGCUUGUGGAAGAAGGCCUAUAGUGGCAAAUGCAAAUAGGAAUGAAAUAAACAUAGUGGAGUGGCUUUGGGGGUUGUAUGCAAAAGCGAAGCACAUUGAAGCAGCUGAUCCACGACUAGAGGGAAAGUUCAACCGGCAACAAAUGGAACGGUUGAUGAUUGUGGGGUUAAGCUGGGCUCACCCUGAUUUCAAUUCUCGACCAUCAAUCAAACAAGUGAUUAGAAUGCUAAAUUUCGAAGUUUUACCGCGAAACCUCCCAUUUCAAAUGCCGCGGGUUCCAAAUCACCUCUCAGAUUGA